GCCGCCACCACAUGGACUCUCUCUCUCUCUCUCUCGCGCUCUCGACACAAGUCAAGGGGCUUUCAACACAGCUUUAAAGCAGGGAGGGAGCCCCGUAACUUGCCUUUCCCUUCAUUUAUUUCCGUCUUUCUCUGCUUAGAGAAAUGGAGACUGGUAAGAGACUAAGACGAGAGAAGCGAGCUCUGUAUUCCUUGAAGUAGAAUGAACACCUCCUCCUCAUCAUCCAUCUCUGCGUUGGUGUUCUUUUUUUCUGGAUUCCGCUAUUGCUGGCCUCCCCCCCACCCCACCCCACACCAUCUUUCAUCGUCGCCAUCACCAUCAUCAUCUCCAUCGUCAUCAUAUCUCUCUCUCUUUCUUGACAUUAGUGAUUUUUUCUUCUGGAUUCCGCUAUUGCUGGCCACCACCAGCCACCAGACUCCGAGUCUCCUACCACCACCACCAUCCCUCGUUGUUACCAUCAUCAUUACCAUCAUCUCCAUCAUCAUCAUCAUCAUCAUAUCUCUCUCUGUGUGGGGUAUGGCGAGCUCUGAAAAAAAUAAAUUAACUUCAUAGUCUGCCAUGCUUUUCUUUUGAUGCCCAAAGUUCCUUGCUGAUCUUCCUCCAGACUCCAGUGAUCUUCUUGGUGUCCUCCCUUAUUUUACAUUUCAAGUCCUUUCUCGAUUUUCCUCUCCUUUUCUCUCCUCCCUUCUGUCGCCUGCCGCUUUUCUCGAAUCCUCCUCCACGUUUUUGCUCUUCGUUGCCUUCUCUGCGUCUUUGGUAAGAUUUUCUUUUCUACCUUUCCAGUACUCUCGCUCUUGUUUGCUUUCGUUUAGUUCUUAUUUCUCUUGUAUUACCAGAAACUUGGUGUAAAGGUUCAUUCUUUUAUUCAUUAGUUUCCUUCUUUUAUGUCUCUUUCUCGUCAUUUUUCAGAAAAUUUCCGAUCAUCAGUCUAUUCUAUUCCCUUAUUUUAGUGUCAUUCGUUAUACAAUUAGUCCAAUCCCUUUGGUUCACUCCAAGGCCUCGUCAUCAUUCCUAUGUGAAAACUCUAUCCUUCUCUUCUUCCCUUUCCAUCUUCAGUGUUCUUGACGGAAAUCCUCAAAAUAUUUCCAUGGGAUCCUCAAAACGUUCCUUUUGCUUCAUGCCCUUUCGUUUUCUUGCUUUCCUUCUCCUCUUUUUUAGCUUCUCAUCAGCUCUCACUGUGUCCGUUCCCCUCAAUUGCUCCGAUACUUCUCGGGUCUGCACCUCUUUCAUGGCCUACAGGGCCGCUGCCAACCAGAGCCUCGCGCUGAUAGAGAGCAUGUUCGAUGUUUUGCCUUCGGAUGUGACGAUGGAGCGUAUCCCAGAAGCCGACGGCUAUCAGUAUUUAUUCAUCAGGAAGAACUGCUCCUGCUUCUCGCAGGAGAAGCAGUACCUGAGCAGCACUACUUUUACAGUCAGGGAAAAUAAUGGGUCGGUCGACGAUAUGGUACUUCGAGCCUACGAUGGGCUUCUCGCCAGCGAGCCUAAUUGGAACAGAACGGCGUACAUCGGCGCGGUGGUGUCCUUGCGUCUGCUCUGUGGGUGUUCCAGCAGCCUGUGGAACUAUAUAAUGACUUACGUGGUGCGGGAAGGUGACACCGUUGCCUCUUUGGCGAGUAGGUUCGGGGUGAGCAUGGCAGACAUUGAGAAUCUGAAUGGCAUCGCCGAUCGCAACGCCAUUACCGUUGGAAAGGUUUACUAUAUACCAUUGAUGUCAGUUCCUGGUGUGCCUUACACUCUACCUCAUGCAAUGUCACCUGCACCUCCACCAGCUGUUUUCACACCCUUAGCCUACCAAGAACAUCAUUCUAAGCAUUUUCCACUAGGAUGGAUUUUGGGAAGUGUAGGAGUUGGGCUUGUCCUGAUCUUAGCUGUUCUGUUAUGCAUUUGGUGCAAAACAUUCCAUUGUUGUUCCAAAGCACAAUUGGGAAGUGGCAAUGACAAUGAUGGGAAAAUUUGUCAUAAAUUUCACAUUCUUCGAGGGUCAGGUUUUUGCUAUCCAUCUGGCAGAUAUAUAUGCUGCAAGUCUGGAAAGCCAAGCAGUGAAAUUGCUGCUAGUCAGCAGACUAGCAUUGCUAAAGAUCUGAUGAGCAACAUCUUUCAUAUGGAGAAGCCUGUAAUCUUCACCUAUGAUGAAAUUCUCUCUUCUACUGAUGGAUUCUCUGAUUCAAACCUCUUGGGAAAUGGCACAUAUGGUUCAGUGUACUAUGGCAUGCUUCGUGAUCAGGAGGUUGCUAUCAAAAGGAUGACGGCCACAAAAACUAAGGAAUUUAUGGCUGAGAUGAAAGUUCUAUGCAAAGUUCACCAUGCAAAUUUGGUAGAAUUAAUUGGUUAUGCAGCCACUGAAGAAGAGCUUUUCCUUGUUUAUGAGUAUGCACAUAAGAGCUCUCUCGCAAAUCAUCUCCAUGAUCCUCAAAAUAAGGGGCAAACAUCUCUUUCUUGGAUUUCUCGAGUUCAAAUUGCUCUUGAUGCUGCAAGAGGACUGGAAUACAUACAUGAGCAUGCAAAAGCUCAGUACGUACAUCGAGACAUCAAGUCUAGCAACAUUUUGCUGGAUAAUUCAUUGAGAGCGAAGAUCUCUGACUUUGGGCUCGCAAAGCUUGUUGGGAAGACCGCUGAAGGAGAAGCUUCUGCAACAAGAAUUGUUGGUACUUUUGGCUACUUGGCUCCAGAGUAUCUGAGUGAUGGACAAGCAACAACCAAAAGUGAUGUAUAUGCAUUUGGUGUCGUGCUUUUCGAAUUAAUAUCUGGUAAAGAGGCAAUAACAAAGACAAAUGGCAGGGUGAAUAUUAGCCUUGAACGAAGAUCACUUGUAUCAAUUAUGGUUGCUGCACUUCGUAAUUCUCCUAAUUCGAUGAGCAUGGCAAGCUUGAAAGAAUGCAUAGACCCUAACCUGAUGGAUUUGUAUCCCCAUGACUGUGUGUAUAAGAUGUCUAUGUUAGCGAAGCAAUGCGUUGAUGAGGAACCAAUUCUACGACCAGACAUGAAGCAAGUUGUAAUUGCCCUGUCGCAGAUCCUCCUCUCCUCAAUAGAGUGGGAAGCUACACUGGCUGGCAACAGCCAAGUUUUUAGUGGCCUUGUGCAAGGAAGAUGAUGUCUGCCCAAUUCGUCUGUGUCUGUGUGAUUGGUUCUUUCUCUCCUUAGACUUUUUUUCCUUUUAUUCUUUGUAUAGUGAUGCCUCCAAUGGCAAUUCCCAGUUUCUGUUCUUUCGUUUGUUUCCAUUCUCCUCGUAUGGUUCAUCUUUUCCUUUUUUAUUUCUUUUUCAUAAUAUCGUCUGUAAAGUGAGGGGUACUUCUGCAAAUGCCACCAUGGACUAAUUGGUGUUUUUUUCAGUUCAUGGCUGGCCAAUGUGAAGCCAGAGCUUUUGUUGACAGUUUGAAUGUAUAGUAGCAUUUGCACUUAAACUCCUUUUUAUGGC